AUGAAUAGUGAAACACCCACAAAACUUGAAGGCAGCACUCAGCAGGCGUUUGCAGUGAAGUCGGCGCAGGGCAGCGAAAAGAAGUUCAAAACCACCCGCAUUCGCCAUAAUCGUAGAUGGGAAAUAAUAAAUUUUAAAUUUGACCACAAUCACUUCACAAUAGUUCGCACUAUUAUUCAUCUUUAUAUACGUGGUCGGGAAUGGAUUCAUGAGCAUUAUCCUGAUGUUCUAGAGCAAAAAACCACCGAUGGAAAGAUUAGAAGGCGAGGUGAUCUCAUAAUUAUGAUUCAUUAUGUCGUUCCCCGAUCGAGCAGCCAAAACCUUACCCAUACUAUGAAGCUAGUGGAGUCUCGCCAUCGAAUACCAUCCGGUUUAGGUCAAUGGGUGCAAUUCGAAAUCAAACAUAUACCUCCAAACUGGUUAAAUCAAAAUGCUGUUACAAUAUCGCUCGCUAUUAAAACUCAAGAGUCGUGGAUGAGGUCGUUUUUAGUAAUCGAUACAGAAAAUAGCCAGAAUAAAGAAUUUCCUCUGCACAUUGAAGCGUUUAUCAAACAACCCCGCCGGCAAAAACGAAGCACGUCGUUGGAUUGCCAGGAGAGCGAUCACGAAGUUCGAUGUUGUCGAUAUCCGUUGAAAGUAAAUUUUACUAACUUUGGUUGGAACUUUGUCAUUGCGCCUACCUCUUUCGAUGCAUACUUUUGCAAUGGGGAGUGUAAAGUUGGAUAUCUGGAGCAGUAUACACAUACACACAUCGCAUCAUUAACCACUUCAGCUACUCCUUGUUGCUCUCCUACAAAAAUGAGUCCUUUGAGUUUACUUUAUUUUGAUCAGGAUCACAAUUUAGUAUUAAGCACUAUUCCUAAUAUGUCUGUAGAGAAAUGUAGCUGUUCAUAAUGAAAUGAAAUGACCUAGUACCUACAGUACAAAACACAGAAAACGUAACUCGGUAAAGAUCACGAAAAUUGUAUGUAUUGAGUUGUGAAACGAAAAUUAUUUUAUGAAUCAUAUAACUAAUAUUUUGUUUUUAAGAAACUUUUUCAAGGCAUUUGUUAUUGUUUUUUGCACUGUUUUCUUACCAGGAAGUUAAACAGUAGUCUCAUAGCUUACAAAGAUAAAUAUAAAAUGUACAUAUUUUUGCGAAAAUCGAGAAAAUGCUUGAACCAACUCUUGCGAUUACCGAGUAUAAAUUGAGCUUGUAAAAUGUUUUGUACAAUACAUAUGCAUUUGUAAUCAGUGGAGAACUUUAUACAACACAAAGAAUGUGUUAUGCUAUGAAUUGCUAAAAGCAACAUUACUCAAUAAUUACAUAGACCAAAAUAAAAAUUUUGUCAUCACAAAGU